ACUCCCGUGCUCUGAUCCAGAAUCAGUCUACGCAGCCUGGUCUUGACACCAACCUCUUUGAAGUCGGUCUACAAUCAGUUUUUGUGGUCAGUGUCUUGUUACAACACUACAAACAUAAGAGACACAACCUAAAACGAUUAUCUGUCUUGUUCGGGACAAUUCAGUGUCAACAUGAGCGGCAUGAGGACAGUCCUAGCCUCUGGGGCUGUGAUUGGAGUGGUCGGCAUAGGGUACGGAAUGUGGUCAAUUAUAUCGCCGGGAGAGGAGAGACGGAAGGAGCUUCUCAAGAACCUGCCUGAAGCAAACCCUGUGCGAAUGGAAGAGACGCGAAGACGGAACGCGCUGAUGUUGCAGGUAAUAAAAGAGGCAGCGGAAACCAAUGACAACGUGAUCGCUCGGUGGUUUGGAAACCAGAAAUAAGUAGACUACAUUUAGGAACCUCUAUGCUGGACAAAGGUGCGCACGGAUCAACGUAUAAGGAGACGAGAGACGCGAGAAGGGACAAGGAUGGACGGACACAGUGAACAAUAACUGGACACCGAGUUGCACCAAGAGACUGACAAACACAUUGGGCCUGCGCAUGCAUGGCUCAUCUCACGUGAAUUUACAACGUUUAUCAGCGUUUUACGCAUGGUUUAUCAAAAAAAUUAAAGUGAUGCCACAGUGCCAAAGGUAUGAGGAGCUAAGUAUUGACAAGUUACAUGACAUUUAAGACAUAACACAACAAUCAGACGCAUAAAGACAGAGGCAAGUCCGUAUAUCUUUUUGUUGUCUUUGCACUUGCGCACUGUCACCAUUUUCACUGUAUCUGAAUCGUUUACGUCUUAGCUUAAUAAGGUUUAAUUAACAUCACCAU